AUGAAAUCAGCGAGUUCAGACACUGAGCAUAUACCAGAGGAUCCACCAACGGUCAGCUCGUCCAAAACUCGCGCAGUGGGCCUUCCUGCAGAGCUUCUGGGGAUGAUUUUCCAGAAUUUUGUUAGAAAAGAUGCCAAGAAACACGCAUUGGACGAUGAAAAUGACGCCGAGGAGGACACUGAUGAGGACGAAGAACCAGCGUCUAUACUCCAAGCAGCACGAGUGCUCUCUCAUGUAUGUUCCAGCUGGAGACAAGCUGCAAUUGGCACAUCUGCUCUAUGGAAAACAAUCAAAAUAUCUCUCUUGACAAAGGACGGCGUCCUCGAGCAUUUCUGCUCUACAGUCUUCCCGCGAGUUAAGGGAUACCCAUGCACUAUACAUAUACGAGACGUCAAAUUCAUCGGAAAGUCGACGCACGGUAUACAUCCCAUUCAUCGUUGCAAAAUCCUUCCCUCCAUGGAUGUUCUCCAACUUCGGAUCGGUUUUCGCAUGGAGGGCGAGUAUGAUGACCCAGAACUACUCAAGUUUCUAGGAUCCAUAGAGGGUACAAUACGUAGUAUCUUACUCGACAGUGGCGGCGUCGACGACGGUCGAGUUGGGACUCUUUGGAGUCUGGCAAAGGUUCUGUCGCCUUUCUCUCAUAUCCGAAAGGUCACUAUGUGGUUCGCAGAUGCGACGAUCGAAGCAUGUACAGAGACAUGCCCGAGCGUAGAAGAGCUAGAGUUGAUGAACAUGGAAGGGACUCUGGCAUUGGCAGACCUUCUCGACAUGUUUCCGAACCUCCGAUUUCUCAGGUUUAUUGAGAAUGGAGAUAGAUAUUGGAACGUGGACGGUUACCGCUCCCGACCGUUCGUCCACUCCAAACUGCGCAAGAUGUGUCUCAAGUCCGUCGACAUGGUCGGAUGGACCGCUACGGGAACUUUGACCGCAUCUGGUACCUUUCCGUCACUCACUCACCUCAACGUCGAGGACGACGCCCAACUCGACCGUUUCUUAGCCGAUCCGGCGCAUCGCAGAAUCACUUGUCUCGUUGUCGACACGACUACCUAUUCAUCUGCGAGCGAGUAUCUGUCAGCCCAAGGUUGA